AAUUGGCUACCCAAUUCCCAUGUUCACAGGAUUCUGCAUCAUGUUUAUCUCAACAGUUAUGUUCGCCUUCUCCCGCAGCUAUGCCUUCCUGCUGAUCGCCAGGUCCCUGCAGGGCAUCGGUUCCUCCUGCUCAUCUGUAGCUGGGAUGGGCAUGCUGGCCAGCGUGUACACAGAUGACGAGGAGAGAGGCAACGCCAUGGGGAUCGCCCUGGGAGGCCUGGCCAUGGGGGUCCUAGUGGGCCCCCCCUUUGGGAGUGUGCUGUAUGAGUUUGUGGGCAAGACAGCUCCGUUCCUGGUCUUGGCUGCCCUGGUGCUCUUGGAUGGAG